AUGACCAAUAUCCAGCGACCCAAAUUGUUAGUGGCAGAACGUGAUAAUCUUAGCUAUAAACAUAACUUGUCAGUUAACCCCAUGGCGUCCUCCUUUGAACAAAAACCAGCCACAUCAUCUCAUAAAACUAAGAUCUGUAAACAAUGUGGUGAAAUGAUCACGCAAAAUUCCCUGAAGGCGCUCGGAGAGUAUUAUCAUGAGAAUUGCUUGGUUUGUUAUGACUGUGGAACAUUAUGCCGGCCGAAAUUUUUCCCUUAUCAAUUACCUGAAACUUCAGAAGUAGUCUUAUUAUGUCAACAAGACUAUUUCACCAGGAACAAGUUACUGUGUUAUGUUUGUAACAAGCCUCUGAGUGGAGUAUACUAUAAUACAUUUGGGAAGCUUUAUGAUGAAGAACAUUUCUGUUGUACUGUGUGUGGUACCAAAUGCAAAGCCACGUCAUGUUUCCAUUAUAAUGACGAGUUAUACUGCAAGUAUCAUUUCCUGAAAUACUUCUCAAAACGAUGCAAGGGAUGCAACUACCCGAUAUCAGAUCAAUACAUUGAAUUUCCCCGUGGCGAAGAAAUUCAUUGCUGGCACCCGGAGUGUUACGGUAUUCAUAAAUACUGGCAUGUUAGCGUUCCUGCAGAAGCUGUUGGAAUUCCUUCUUUAGAUAUACCACCGAAGGAUGCAACGCCGAAUACCGAUGACACCAAUCCUACUGAGGAUGAGAUGGAAACAUAUACUAACACAUUAUCAGCUAUUAUUAGCAAAACAUGGAAUGUAUUGUAUCGGUUUGAAGAAGAGUCGGCCUAUUGUGUUUCUGACAUGUUUCAAUACUUAACAAGUUACGACCAGUUCAAGGGAGUUGAUGCAGCGGCGCUAUUUGUUUUAAAAUUGGAGUGUUUGUUUAAAGCACUAGAUUUCUUAGAAUCCGUAGGUCAGUAUACUAUUAUAAAACCCAAAAAUGAAUCUCCCAAUGAUUCCACAUUGACCACACCUGAAUCUGACCCAGCAGGGCAUACAGAUAUUAAGUAUUCCAAAUUUCCUAGAAAUCUUUCAACUAAAUUAAUGAUUUAUCUGCAACUAUUAAGGAAAAUGGGUUCAGCUUCUAAAAUGAAGGAAGUCAAUGUUGGAUCAUUUAUGUCUGUGAUUACUGGCUUAGCUCAUUUUUUGAAGUUAUUAUUGCGCAAUGGACUGUUUAAUGCACUGGAACACAAUAAGAAGGUUCAUACGUCAAACGCUUUAAUCAAAUUUCUGCGUGAAGUUAAGAAAAAUGAAACAUAUCAAAAUUCGCCAUUUGAUUACAUCAAUGUAACAAUAAAUGCCACUGACUGCUGUGCUAUAUGUCAGAAAUAUGUACAAGAGGAAUGCAUUAGAUUUCAGGAACAUAGAUGGCAUAUAAAAUGUUUUCAGUGUUCUAAUUGUGCGAGAGUUAUUCAGCCAUAUGAUGUUGAGGAUGCUACCUAUAAUAAGGUGAACGGAAAAGUACUUUGCGCUCAAUGUUCUAUCGAUGAUCCCGAUUCUAAGGUUGGUUUCAAACUUGUUAGCAAAUUAAGCCAACUUAUUUUCUUAAUGAAAAUAGCAUUAGUACGGUCCAGAGUAGUUAUGGCCUUGCAGAUGAAAAAUCAAGAAGUGAUGCAAAGAAGCAAUUCUAUCAAGGAGACUAUAUCAAUGCAACAGACUUAUAUUCGGACUUUGAAUGAUAUCAAGAGGCUCAAAUCGGGAAGGCAAAGCGUUCGAAUAACAAACAAUAAACAAGAUGCGAGGAAGUCCAGAGUUUUAAAAACUCCAGAGUUAGAUGUCAACAACCAGUCCAAAUCCGAAAUUAACAAUAAAUCACUUGUCAUUGAAACAGAAGGAUCAAAUCCUUCAACGUCUUCUGAUCCCAAAAUGUUCAAUGGGCAACAAUCACUGACUUUGGAUGAUAUCUCUAGGAUUGUUGCUGCUGAACAAGCCAGGGAGCUUAGGCCUAACGCUUUUACUCAUUUCAUGAGAAUAAAAGAAUCAGAUGAUGAGACUACUACCUUUAUUGCAAAAAAGAGUGGUAUUUAUUACUCAGAAUUAUCAUUCGACCAGUGUCACAAGUUACAGCUUGUUGCAUUGGCGCUUUUAGCCAAUGGGAAUAAUGGCUUGAAUGUUUCUGAGGCUUGUAUAAACAAGUUGAUUCCUCCCUCACCUAAAGCCCCUAAUAUUUCAGGUGGGUUUUGGAAUAAAUUGUUUAAAGGAGGUAAGGAUAACAAGAAUACAAGAUAUAGGAAAAUAUUUGGAACACCUUUAGAUGUGCUUUGUGAGAGAUGGGGGGUAGAUUCCGAUUUGAGUUCUGGACCUGCAAAAGUACGUAUACCCCUUCUAGUGGAUGAAUUGAUUUCCAAUUUGCGUCAGAUGGAUAUGUGUGUAGAAGGGAUUUUUAGAAAGAAUGGUAAUAUCAGAAGACUAAAAGAGCUAUCUGCUGAUAUAGAUGAAAAUCCUUCUGGAGUACCUGAUUUAUCCAGCGAGAAUGCUAUCCAGCUUUCCGCACUUCUCAAGAAGUUUUUAAGAGAACUUCCAAUACCGCUACUCACAUUUGUGAUGUAUGAUUUGUGGAUUCAAGCUGCAAAACUAGAUUCAAAAAUAGAAGGACAAAGGAUUUUCCCUAUUCUUUACACACUAUUGCCAAGGGCUCAUCGUAAUGUUGCAGAAGUACUUCUUUCUUUUCUUCAUUGGACAUCUUCAUUUUCACAUGUCGAUCACCAAAUCGGAUCAAAGAUGGAUAUCCACAAUCUCUCAACAGUUAUUGCUCCGAAUAUUUUAUAUCAAGAGACACCAGCUGUAAAUUAUCAGGAACAGCCAGCUGGUGUUAUCCACAAUAAUUACCAAGAUGCUUUUGCUGAAAAUGAGGGAGAAAAUUAUUUCUUAGCAAUUGAAACAGUUGACUAUUUAAUCAAUCACAAUGAGGACUUGAGCAUGGUACCUAUGUUUUUGUCGACAUUGUUAAAAGAGAUUGAAAUUAAGAACUUGACUGAUUAUCAGUCAGUAAAAAACACAUUGAUUUGA